UUGCAGGAAGAGCUGGCUCUGUCUUGGGAACGCGCGGUUGUUUGCCACCACCAAUCCACCAUCGCAUCCAGACCACCGAAUAUCUCCAAGUACAAGAUGCGCUGCCGCGGUCUUUCUUUCUGGGCGUAAACACCGCGGGAUUCCUCUCUUUUUUUUUCUUCUUCCCUUUCUUCUUCCCCGCGCGCGGCGGACAACAAGCAACAAGAGCGCCGCCGAUCGGCACGCCUUUGACUGGCCGACUUUGCCUUUUGCGAAAGGCCCCACGAGGUAGUCGAGGCCUCCCCCGCCGCGCAACACCAUGCGCCUCUACCUACUGCCCAUCUCGACGAGGCGCACGCUGCUAUACUGCCAGCAACUCAACGCGCCAGCCUCAGAAAAGCCGACGUGGUCCAACUGGCUCCAGUCCAAGGCCGCGCGCACUUGGUCCGGCUGGGAAAAGAAGGAAAAGGGCUGGCAAAAAUCGGUCGUCAACUAUGGCAACCAAGCGCUACGUCGCAUCCCUUACGAGGAAUGGGGGCUCAAGUCGGUGCCUCCGCUGUCGCAGCGCCGGAAGCAGGUUGAGCUGAAGGGCACUGAGAAGGUCGAGGUGGUUUACCCCAAGAGCCUGCUGGCGAUGGACAAGGUACCCGAGAUCCUGCGGUCGCUGGCAACCGAGAGGCAGGGGCUGCAUAAGAAGAGGUUGAUAUGGUGCUUUAUCGGCAUGCCGAUAUCAGCGCCCGUUGCCCUCGUUCCGGUCAUUCCAAACCUUCCCUUCUUUUACUUAGUCUACCGCGCCUGGUCACAUUGGCGGGCGCUGUCUGGGGGGAAACACCUCCAAUUCCUCCUCAAGAACAACCUCCUCGCCCUGAAGCCAUCGCCCAUUGUCGAUCAGGUGUAUGCCGCGCAGAAGCCUCCCUUACCAUCCACCCCUGAACGGACAGCCGAUUCCAAGGAGAAAAUCAUCGUGGACAAUGCGAAUCCCGUCGCGGCGGAUGACGCACAGAAUCCAAACGGUGAGACCAUGCUGCUGUCGCAGGCCAAUGGCAAGAAGAUGACGCAAGCUCUCGACCUGCCCCAGCUGGAGGUUGAGCUCGAACGAGCGAUAUGGCAAGUCGAGACGGCCAUCAAGAAGCGCAGCGCCGAAGUUGCUGCCAAGAACCCCCAAGAGUCGACAAGCGAAAGCGAGAAGAAGUCGCAAUGAACGUCAAUGACAGGGCCAUGUAUGAUAACGUAUACUAUUCCACUACGGUCGCGGGGUGGUUGGAACGCUAGACGGGGUUGGGGAGUUGUUGGCUUGAUACCUCAUGGCGAUGAUGCGAAUGGGCGGCCGGUUUGAUUUUAAG